UCGGACGGGCAGUGCGUGGGCCAGUCGAGCGACUCGAGCGCCGGUCCCGACGCCGGUCUCUUCUUUCCCGACGGCUUCCAGCGCCUCUGGAACCAGGGCUACUUUGUGUCGCAAGGUGCAGCCAAGAUCGACCAAGCUCCGGCACCGGCCCCGCCCCCCGCGCCUGUCAACAGCAAGUGCACGAUUGAAGCCAACACCGACUACUACGGCAACGACCUCACGCGGCACCCCGUGAGUGGCGACGCGAACGGCCAAGCGAGCGACUGUUGCGACAAGUGCUCAGCAACGAGCGGCUGUGCCGGUUUUACGGUCAACGGCGGCUUCUGCUACCUCAAGAGCAAGCUUGAAAACAAGAGUUGGAGUGAGUCGGCGGUCUCCGGUAGUCACUCCAGUACAUCGUGCGGUGCGACGCAGGCCAACACCGACUACUACGGCAACGAUAUCACCCGGCACCCGGCGGUCGGUGACGCCACCUUCCAGGUGAGCGACUGCUGUGAUAAGUGCUCGGCAACGAGCGGCUGUGCCGGCUUCACGAUCAACAAUGGCUUUUGCUACCUCAAGAGCCAGCUCGCAGACAAGCGUUGGAGUGCGACGGCAGUGUCGUGCAGCGGCCCAAGUGGAUCGUGCGGCGCGGCGCAGGCCAACACCGACUACUACGGCAACGACCUCACCCGGCACCCG